CGGAAAGCGACAGAAUAUAACGGUGGAUUAUUAGUUUAUACUUAAAGUUCUUCAAACGAAAACGUAGUUUGUGUGAAUGGAAAAUAUAUUUGAUAGGAUAGCUAUUAAGAAACGAAAUCACAAUGUCUUUAAACAAUAUUCCAGAGAAACAACCGAUGAAUCCGGAUGGGCAAAAAAAGGAAGGAGAUUAUGUUAAUGGCGUUAAACUUAGAAAAGAACUUGGACUUAUAAAUGGAGUUGCAAUUAUUGUGGGGAUAAUUGUUGGGUCUGGAAUAUUUGUGUCACCUCGUGGCGUAUUACAAGAAGCUGGCUCAAUAGGAAUGGCUCUCGUCGUGUGGAUAUCAUGUGGCCUUAUAUCUAUGCUUGGCGCCUUGUGUUACGCAGAGCUCGGAACAGCUAUACCAAAAUCAGGUGGAGAUUAUGCUUAUAUUUAUGAAGCUUUUGGACCCCUACCAGCGUUUUUGUUCUUGUGGGUAGCACUUUUAAUCAUCAUGCCAGUAGGAAAUGCGAUAGCUGCCUUAACUUUCGCCAAUUACAUCCUUGAACCUUUUUUUCCUGACUGCAACCCUCCACCCAAUGGAGUGAGACUAAUAGCAGCAGUUGUAAUAUGUUUGUUGCUGUUCGUGAACUGCUACAACGUGAAGUUGGCGGCAAGAGUUCAAGACGUCUUCACCUUCGCCAAAAUUAUUGCGCUAAUUAUAAUAAUAGUAGCAGGUUUAAUCCAUAUAGGCGUGGGUAAUACCCAUAAUUUCCAAAAUGCUUUUGAGGGGACCACCACUGAACCGGGAUAUAUUGCCUUAGCAUUUUACUCAGGAAUAUUUUCCUAUUCUGGCUGGAAUUACUUGAACUUUGUUACAGAAGAAUUACAAGAUCCUUAUAAGAAUCUUCCUCGAGCUAUCUACAUAUCACUUCCUCUUGUAACUAUAGUGUAUGUUAUGACCAACGUGGCUUAUUUCGCUGUACUUUCUCCACAUGAAAUCUUGUCAUCUAAUGCUGUUGCAGUGACUUUUGGAGAGAGAAUGUUGGGAGUGAUGGCAUGGGUCAUGCCUGUCUCUGUAGCACUUUCAACUUUUGGGGGCUUGAAUGGAGGCAUUUUUGCAUCAUCAAGGUUAUUUUUUGUAGGAGCUCGUGAAGGCCAUCUUCCUGCUUUCUUAGCAAUGAUUAACACUUCUUACUUUACCCCUAUGUCGAGCCUGCUGUUCUUAGGAAUCCUUACAUUAGCCUACUUAUCCACAGUACAAGUGUAUACACUUAUCAACUAUGCUGCAUUCAGCGAGGCACUUUUUGUGAUGUUCUCCGUAGCAGGCUUGUUGUGGUUGAGACAAAAACAACCAAAUCUGAAACGGCCCAUCAAGGUAAACCUUGCACUGCCUGUGUCAUUUUUGGUCAUUUGUGCAUUCCUGGUGUUUCUGCCAUUCUAUGUUAAUCCUUGGGAGACAGGUAUUGGAGCCAUCAUUAUGCUAUCAGGUAUCCCUGUCUACUUUCUGACCAUUUACUGGAAGAACAAGCCCAAGUGGUACAAACGUCUCAUUGGAGGAACAACAACUUUCACUCAAAAACUACUGGUGAGUGUAAUUGAAAAAGGCAAGUUUGAAUGAAUUUACAAGAUUUCUUCUCCAUGUGGACAAACAAAAGAAAAUUAUUGUAAUUUAAAUUAGCUACUAGAACUAUUUACACUUUGUUUUUUAAAUCCCAACCUAAAAAAAUAUGAAUUGUUUUAAUUUAAUUUGUUUAUUAUCUAAUAAGAUAAUGAUAGAUGACAAAUAGUUAAACUAUGAAGAGGAUACAACAGCUGGAACAAGUACUGACUCUUAAGACCUGAAUGUAUAUCAACUGAUAGGAUGUUUUUUUUCAAAUAUAACAAUAGAAGAUUAUUCAAAAGUAUAAUUAUAUUGCAGGAAUAUUUCUAGGUAACAUUAUUCAUAGAGCAUCACAAAAUUAUCUAAACUUUAUUUUAAAUAAAUCCUAAAAGUUUUUAUCUAUUUAUUCUACAAUCAAUAUUUUUGUAUUGAAGACUGAUGAGAAGAUUUUCAGAAGUCUUCCGAUAUUUGAAGAUAAUAAUACUAGAGUUUCUGACAUAUUGAGUGUUUCAAAAGUCACUUUCACUGUUCAGAUGACUGCAUUCAAGAAACCAGUGGAUAUAGUGUUAUGGAACUUGUUUGUGUUGACUAAUUGGACUAUGUGUGUUAUGAUAGCCACACUACAUGGCACCUAUGGGUAUAAAAGCGAUCAUCCAAAAUCACAAUCAAGCAGUUUUGAACAGGUUAGUGCAAUGUGUGUACAUUGUCUUCACCAUAGAAAACAGUGUGUACAAUUGAAUGGCAUGUUAUGAUGGCCACAUUACAUGGCACCUAUGAAUAUAAAAGCAAUAAUCCAAAAUCACAUUCAUGUGGUUUUGAACAAGUCAACAUGGUCGAAUUCACUGACACACGAAAUUUCACAACGUUGUGUUAAUUAGUUUCCUGAAGGCAGUUGUCUGAAUAGAAUGAUUGACUUUCAAAUACUUGGUAGUUUAAAUAAUUGUAAACAAUAUACUUCAGCCUUGCAAUUGUAGUCACCUGAUGAAUGUAUAAUGCCAAAAUCUUGAGGAAACUGAACUCAAAAUGAAAUGAGUUUUAUUUUCUGAGAGAUAAUUACUUAAAUAUGUCUUCAAAAAUUAUAAAAGACAAUUGUGCAGCCAGGGAUUUACUGUUGUAGCUAUUUUGAAUUGUCUUACUAAAACAUUACUUACAUAAAUCUAAGUUUAGCUGUGGGGUAUAAUAAACAAAAAUUUGACUUAAAAACAAUUAAAUACUUGUUAUAUUUGGUUUCAGGAGACACAGCACUGUCUUCAUGCAAGUAGAUGAAUAAUCUUACUUAGGAAUGAUAAAAGUUGGUUGCAAUAGUAUUAAUACAAGCUGACCUUUAUUCAUUCUGGAAUUGUUGUGGAUUAACACAAGAUUCUAUUCACAAACGAAAGUUUUUUAAAAAAAGACUAUCUUUGUGGUGUCUUUAAGGGCAGUACUGAGCUAUUUACCUUCGUCCAACUAUGCAAUUAUAACAUGAUAUUAUUCAUUUUCCACUUGGAAAACUUUUCUUAUGUUAAGAACAUACGUUUGAUAUCAUAUAACUUGGAAACUGUUAAAGUUUAGUUUUAUCACCAGUAUUUUUAAAACUAAGUAUAAACAAACACAGUAUUUAUUUAGUCACAUGAAUAUUACAUGUAAUUGUUGUCAAAGGUGUUUAUAUAUUUAAGAACGUUUUGUGAAAGAUGACAGUCUAUCAUUUUAAUGGUAACUGUAAAAUUGUUAAAUGAUUUUAACCUGUAUGUACAUUACAGUUCAAGGCAUAAAUCUCUGAGAAGUGAAACUUAUUAGAAAUAAGUAUAUGAACAGGUGUGUUUGGAAAUUAGAUAAAACAUUACAUUUGUGUUGUAUCAUGUAUGAUGGCAUUUGCAGCAUUUGACUUUUUUUUUGCUUUAUUGAUUGUAAUAAAGACUCUGGACAUAGCUAAUAAUUAAAAGUAAAAAUUUUAAAUUAUGGAUAAAAGUGAAACUAAUUAAAGGUAAUUUUUAUUUAAGGGGUUAACUUAAAGACAAAAUACCUGACUAGUGCACCUACUAUAAUGAUGAUCAAAAAUGUUUUCUAGUGAUAUCAUUAAGCUCACAGAAGAACUAAGCAACAUGGUAUGAAUACAUAUACUUUACAUGUAUAAAAGAUAAAAUACAUAACAUAGUAUACACCUGGCAUUAGUAAAAUAACACUUUAGCAUCUGUUUAAUCCAGAAUUUGCAUGUGAUCUUUCUAAGGAAUAACUAAAUGCUAGUCCAAAAGUUUCAAUGUUUUUUAAUCUAGAUAAUAAUGAACCAAUCAAAAUUCACAUGCAUUUUGUAGAAGACUGGGAACAAAACAAUCAAUGUCAACUAAAACCAAGUCAUUAUGUAAUUAUGGAUAAUACUUUUUUGAAGACAUAUUUAUUAAUACUGCUCAAAGUUAGUGGAAUGCAUGAAUUCUUUUAUGUUCUGGGACAAACUCUUGCUGGUAGUUUCUAAAGCAAAAUUUAUAUUACAUUUGAAAGAAAUCUCACAUAAGGUUUGAGAAUAGAAUUUACUGAUGAUGUCAAAGUAUGUUUUGGAGUGAAAUAAGUAUCCAUAAAAAAAAAAAA